CACGAGCUGUUUGACGGCGUGACGUCACGCCGCGGGUGCUGGUGUCUCGUUCUGUGUGGGUGGAGGAGGCGAUGGAGUCUCGGGGAUAAUAAAUAAAAAGUCCUCCCCUGGCACGAGGCGUGCGCUGGAGGUCUCCACGGGGCCCAGAGCUUGAACCGCCGAGAGCAUCGCCGGCAGGUUGGGGGCAUCGCCGGCAGGUUGGGGGCGGCUUGCCGGCCCAGACGCAGCUCCAGGAGAGAGCGGACGGGGCGCGGGUGAUGACCCUCGUGGUAGCUGAAAAAGAUCAAAUAGAAGCCCGUGUGGAGGAGCGGCUGGGAGGGAUGGGCCUCGAGGGCCCCCAGGGAGGCGAGGGCCCCGACUGCUGGCCCCUGGAGCGCUUGCCGGGGUGGUGCGUCUCCCUGCUGCUCUUCCGCGCCGUCCAAAACGCGGCCGAGCUGCGGCUCAAGGCCAUGAGCGGGGCCCUGCCGGGGGGCGUGAUCAGCGCCGCCGUGGUGCUGGACCCAUUCCAGGUGCUCGUGGCGGCACACAAGGCCGUGCACCUGCACCGUCUAGGCAAACUCAAGACCAAGGCGCUGCACUCCGAGGUCAUCUACAACCUCUCUCCCAGCAACAACAUCUCGGAUGCGUUCCGGAGGUUCGGCGUGGCGGACGGAGAUACGGCGGUGCUGGUGGUGCUGGUGGAGGAGGAGGGCGCGGAGCGCGUGGACCCGGCCUCGGUGGAGGCACACGUGAACGGGCAGCGCGUGCCCGCCGGCGAGCUGUCGGCCCUCGCAGACCUCGCCCGCGUACGCAAGACGUACAAGGUAGCGGCAGAGGAGGAGCGACUGGGGACGCUGCUUGACGCUGUGGUGUUCCGCAUGGCCGCCAAGGAGGCACAGUAGGGUGGUCACAGCGCGGGGGGUAGCUUCGUCUCACGCGGCAUCACGUGGGGGAGGGAGGUUUUUGUCGCAAGCCGCUCGGCUCAUUCCGGCUCCGCCGAUUGGAUUUGAGAAGCAGCUCUGCGACGUCAUUAAGCGGGGCUGUUUCUGUCUGACACAAUGAGGUGCGCCAGUAGUUGUAGGCGUUCCGAAUGGAAAUGUCUUCGUCUCGUGAUCUGACGAAUUUUGACAAUGGAAUCGGGAUCCGAUUGUCGCGUUCCCCCCUUGACACUCGCGCGACAUGCGACUCGCCACGGCAUACGCGGUGCAGCGACGCACUUUGGACGUGCUCGGUUUGUUGUACCGAAACUCGUGAAUUAAAUGAGUAAGACUUU